CCUUCCCAGGCUGAUUCCCAGCGGCAGAACCUGGGUGUGGACGUAUCCCGUCCCUUGAAGGAAGGGAGGAAGGGAGGCGAUGCGGGCCCUGGAGCGGGUGCUGCUGAGGGGCUUCCCUACCGCCGCGGAGUCGCCCAGGUGGAAGCAGAACGAGGCGGCCUCGGCGGCAGAAAGUGGGUCCUUGCUGCAGUUGCUGCUUGAAGGAAACUAUGAGUCCAUUUUACUAAGUAAAGCUGUCCAGAAUAUCUUCUCCGCACCAGCAGGAAAUGAAGAACCUAUUGACAGCUAUUUCAAAAAGCAGAUUCAACUUUAUCUAGAUUGUACUUCUGCGGAUGUUGAUACUAUAGAAAGACAAAGUGUGGUGUUUCUACUCGGUGUGGCCAGCUUGCAGUUGUUUGUUCAGAGCAAUUGGACUGGGCCUCCUGUUGACCUCCAACCCAAAGACUUCCUACCAUCUGAAUUGGGAUUGCAAUACAAUGAGGCCAGUGCAUUGUCUGCAGCUGUCCUGAACAUGUUGGUUCUAGAUGGCGAAUCAAUCUACAGCCUGACCUCCCAUUCUGUUCUGUUGAUGCUUGCCAGAGCCGUGCUUGUGAAUUCAAGGCAUAAGCUAGAAACUAUUCAGACAUUGCCCUGGUGGACUUUGCGGUGUGUGACUAUCCAUCAGCAAUUGUUAGAAGAAAGAUCGCCCGAACUUUUUGCAGUUGCCCAGACCUGCAUACAACAAGUGCUUGAAAUCGAGCCUUUGUUCACUGAUGAUGAAUGUUGGCAUCUUGCUGUUCAAUUCCAUCUAGAGUGUGCUUACACAUUUUUGAAUUAUUAUGAGUAUAAAAAAGCCAAAGAACACUUUCUUGCAGCUAAAAACAUAACCAAGUUACAGAUUGAUUUGACAGGUGCUCUGGGCAAAAGGACACGAUUUCAAGAAAAAUAUGUAGCACAACUCAUAUUAGAUGUUCAAAGGACAGACAACGUACUUCUUCCUCACCGUGAACUUAGUCCAGCACCUACCCCACAAGAAGAUUUAACUAAGAAUUAUGCUAUAGAUGACGACACCGUGCUAAAUGAAAUAAAGUUUGCAGAAUCUCAUCAGAACCAGAUGCCUGACCUGUGCGCUGAAGAGCUUGCUGUUAUCCUUGGAAUUUGCAUAGAUUUUCAGAAGAAUAACCCAGUCCAUAAGCUUACAGAAGAGGAGCUGCUUGCUUUUACAUCAUAUCUGCUGUCACAACCAAAGUUUUGGGCCAUUCAGACUUCUGCUCUCCUUCUCCGAACAAAGCUUGAAAGAGGAAGUGUCCGUCGGAUGGAACGUGCAAUGAAACAAACUCAGGCUCUUGCAGACCAGUUUGAAGACAAGAAAACAUCCAUUUGUGAGCGCAUGAAACUUUUCUACAGCUGCCAAGUUCCUCCCCACUGGGCUAUACAGCGUCAGCUUGCAGGCUUACUUUUUGACCUCGGAUGUACCAGUUCGGCUCUACAGAUCUUUGAGAAACUUGAAAUGUGGGAAGAUGUAGUUAUCUGCUAUGAGAGAUCAGGACAGCAUGGGAAGGCAGAAGAAAUUUUGAGGCAAGAGCUCGAGAAAAAAGAAACACCAGGAUUGUAUUGUUUGCUUGGGGAUGUCCUUAAGGACCACUUUUACUAUGACAAAGCCUGGGAACUGUCCAAUCACCGCAGUGCAAGGGCCCAGCGCUCCAAAGGCCUUCUUCAUCUUCGCAACAGGAAAUUUAAGGACUGUGUAGAAUGCUUUGAACGCUCAGUGAGCAUUAACCCUAUGCAGCUGGGUGUGUGGUUUUCCCUGGGCUGUGCCUACCUAUCUUUGGAAGAUUAUGAAGGUGCUGCUAGAGCAUUUCAGCGUUGCGUGAUAUUGGAACCUGAUAAUGCUGAAGCUUGGAACAAUCUAUCAACUGCGUAUAUCAGAUUAAAACAGAAAAUCAAAGCCUUCCGGACUCUUCAGGAAGCUCUCAAGUGUAAUUAUGAGCACUGGCAGAUUUGGGAAAAUUACAUUCUUACCAGUACAGACGUUGGAGAAUUUUCAGAAGCCAUUAAAGCUUAUCACAGGCUUAUGGAUUUGCAAGAAAAGUAUAGAGAUGUCCAGGUACUUAAAAUAUUGGUAAAGGCAGUGAUGGAGGGAUUGGCUGAUCGUAAUGGAGAAAUAGCAAGUGGGUUAAAGGAAAAGCUCCAGUCCUUGUUUGGCAGAGUGACCUCUAGAGUGACAAAUGAUGGGGAAAUUUGGAGGCUGUAUGCAAGGCUUUAUGACAACGGGCAGAACGAUAGCCAUGAAGAUAUAGAAAAGGCGCUUCAAUAUCUGACCAAAGCACACAAAUGUGAAGUUCAAUCAAGGGAUUGGGACAAAGAUACUUCCUCUUUUAAGGCCGUAGCAAAAGGUGCUCUAGAGCUUGCGCAUGUGGCAAUGAAGUGCAGCAAAAACAAGACUAAUUACCAAGAAGCAGUGCAGAUACUCUCUACAGCUCGACUCAACUUGCGGGGUUUGGUAGCCAAAGCAAAGCAGCUGUUUACAGAUCCAGCGAGUGGUGAAGUUUCCAGUGACUUAGCCGAAGACGUGACAGCCAUGGAGACCUUGAUAAUGGAACUGCAAGAACUUAGCAACCAGCUAAGGAAUCAGACCUGAGAAAUAGAAGACACACUCUCCUGGAAGGGAAGGGAAGGGCCAGCCUUGCACAGAUCGUUAGCUGUGCUUUGUGCUAAUGAGCUUGCAGUAAAUCAAAACACCCUAAGGUCCAAUCCUAAUAAAUAUUUUUCUACACAA